AAGUAUCUCUUUUCUGUUCUCCUUAGCUUAUUGCUUUUAUACCUAGUCAUACUUUUCCUUUGUACAAGAAUGCAGGCAAUUACGCAGGUUCACGCAGUUCCAGCCAUGACUGUUCUCAAACGCCUUUUCUCGGCAACCGUCUCUCGAUCUGCUGCCAAGCAAGGUCUUGUAGUUGGUCUUCUCGACAACAAGCUGUACAUGGGCGACAAGGUGCAGAUCACUGGUGAGCAGGCAACCAAGAUCCAAUCCGAGGUCUCUGCGCUGGGCACCAAGGGCGACGUUGGCGAUGUGCACGUAGUCUUGAGCUCUGACGGCACCACCCAGAUCGCAGUUGUCGGCCUGGGAAGCACCGCACAGCUGGAGCAGCACACGUCAGAAAUUGUGCGCAAGGCUGUUGCUACUGGCAUCAAGAAGCUGGCGGCCCAGAGCGUCGAGACAGUGAGUGUUGCACCGAUGCCGUGUGCGCAGUCGGCAGGCGAGGGUGCGGUCUUGGGCCUGUACAAGUUCGAUCAGUUCAAGAGCAAGCAGGGAGAGGAGAAGACGCCAGUUUCGGUGACUAGUGCGGCCAGCGAAGCGUGGCAGGUCGGCAAGGUGUAUGCGGAGGCGCAGAACCUGGCGCGCGAUCUGACGAACACACCCGCAAACUACAUGACGCCAACCAUCUUCGCUGAGCGUAUGCAGUCGGAGCUCUCAAAGUUUGCGAACGUGCAGGUAAACAUCUACGACAAGGCGUGGGUCGAGCAGCAGCGCAUGGGCGGCCUUCUGGCAGUUUCCGCGGGCUCCGACGAGCCGCUCAAGUUCCUUGAGAUCAUCUACCGCGGCGCGCCUUCCUCGGACUCUGUCAGCCUGGCCAUGGUUGGCAAGGGUAUCACCUUUGAUACCGGAGGCUAUAGCCUGAAGCCAGGGAAGUCCAUGGACAUGAUGAAGGGCGACAUGGGCGGUGGCGCGACGGUUGUGUCGGCGAUGAGGGCGAUUGCUGAGCUCCAGCUGCCGAUCAACAUGGUGGCGACCGUGCCGCUGUGUGAGAACAUGAUCAAUGGCAAGGCGACUAAGGUGUCGGAUGUGUAUACGUCGCGGGCCGGUCUGACGGUCGAAGUCAUGAACACCGAUGCUGAGGGCCGCAUUGUGCUGGCUGAUGCGCUGCACUACACGGUCGAGCGGCACAAGCCCGAGAACAUCAUUGACGUGGCGACACUCACGGGUGCGAUGGUGGUGGCGCUGGGUGAGCUGUACACGGGCGUGUUCUCUGCGAGCCCCAAGCUCUGGCAGCAGAUCGAGAAGGCCGGCAAGACGUCUGACGAGGCAGUCUGGCGCAUGCCCCUGCACGACACCUGGGACACGAUGCUCAAGUCGGAUGUGGCAGAUCUGUCCAACAUUGGAAAUAAGAGCGAGGCUGGCUCGUGCACGGCGGCGGCGUUCCUGCGCCAGUUCGUCAAUGGCCCAAGACUGACCCCACCCAAGGUGCCAGCGGAGCAGACAAACGACGAGGAGGUCCCGAGGUGGGCGCAUCUUGACAUUGCGGGGCCUAUGGAGACAAGCAACUCGACCGGGUACCACUCGGCUGGCAUGACGGGCCGUCCGACGCGUAUGCUGAUUGAGCUGGCGCGCCAGCUGUCCAGGGAUCCAAUUGCUUAGAAUAACAACGUGCUGUCACCAAAAUAGCACAUAAUGAUGUGAUAUAUGCCUU